UGACUGCAGGUCUUUACUGAAAUAUUUGCAUUCCGUUUCCCGUACCUAUCUAUCAGAAUUUCCUCUUGAUGUCGCCCUUUACGAGAGUUUUACAAAACUCUUCAAUAUUUGUGCGCAUACUGCUGUCCAAUUAUAAAUGCCAUAAAUGCGGUGCUGCCCGUUUGUGGGGGGAUUGCACGGGAUUUCCCACGGAUUUAUUAUCAAUUUAGAAAUCGUACACAAUUGGACAUUUUGCUUACCGAGGAGGGAAUUCAUCUUACAUAAUCGGAAUGAGCACUGCAGCCGCAGUUGAUACACUAGAGGCCUUGUUUCGUAAAGUGGACUCGGAAGUAGAAUCCAUUUUACGUGAGCUUGACGCGAACUCUGCUGGUGACCAGGCGACCGUGGGCGAGGUGGCGCUCCGGCUCACCAAGGUGCGGCAGACGUUCGAGACGCUGCGCGCAGAGGUGGCCGACGUGCAGCGGGAGCGUCAGCAGUGCGUCGACCAGCUCAACACAGAGCUCGACCAGUUCUCGGAGCUGUUCGACCGGCUGACGGCGCGUGUCGGGCCCGUGCCGCCGCUGGACCCGCCUGCCGACCGCUGACUGCGCGAGCCCACCGCCAGACGACGCUGAAAGAUGAAUUCCGCGGACGAGCGCAACUUUCGGUCCCAGUACUAUGGGAAGGUGGGCUUCCGUCGCGGUGACGAGAAGCGUUCGCUGGAGCCGCUGCUGGGCGAGGUGCCGGUGGACGCCGGGCGCCUGGCCCAGGCGGUGCGCACGGCGCUCCAGCUGCCCGCCAUGUACCGGCCGCUCGUCUGGAAACUGCUGCUCAAAGUCCAACCGUGCCACCCCGAGGCGGCCGAGUUCGUCACGGCGCGCCGCCGGGAGACCUGUGACGACACGGAGCACAUGCUGCGCCUGCUGGGCCACGUCACGGACGACACGCCGCCGGCGCUCGUCCACUGGCUCGGCUGGCUGCUCAACUCGGGCCGACUGGUGGCGAUGGACGCGGCUCAGAUCGACGACCAGAGCAGCGCGCCCCAACUGCAGGUGGCCGAGCUGGUGGCUGACCUGUUUGACGGCGCCGCGGAGCGCUGCUGGGUGAGCUGGCGACUGUGGACGCUGGCCGCCGGUGCGCUGAAGCUGCUGCCCGGCCAGCUGCCCUGGCUGACGGCUCAGCUGGAGCGCGAACAGCCGGCGCUGGCCGCUCAUCUCAGUCAGCUGGGUGUGCUGAGUGCCGAGCGCGACAGCCCGCUGCGCCACUGGGCGGAGCGGCUCUUCUGCGGCAUCCUGCCCGGGUCGUCGGUGGAGCGUCUGGUGGACCGGCUGGUGGCCGGCGCAGAGCGGAUCCUGCCUCUGACGGCGGUCAGUCUGCUGCUGACACACAGCCGCGCACUGAUGGCCUGCACGGACCCCGCCGACGCCCGCCGCCUCCUCCUGCACGUGCAGCCGGAGGACACCGACCGCGUCUUCAACUGGGCACUCGACAGCUGGACCAAACUCAACAAGGUCUGACUGACUACACGGACUCGACUCUGCGGGUGGGUGUCGGAAAACGCUUGUGAUGGUCAUAAUAUGAAUCCACCCGGCUGCCCGGCUGGUGUGGGUCAAACAGCCACUAAGUGCACUGUGGAUCGACAUGUAUUUGUGAGCGCGUUACUGAGGUAUGGGCGAGAUGUCCGGUCAUCAGCCGAAAACCGCCUUUCAUUCAUGUGUCAAAGCUGACGCGUUUUUUUCGUGUUUCGGACCGUGUCGGUCCUCUGACUCUGUGUUAGCUGUUGCGAGGCCGCGGCAGUUAGCUGGUAGCUGCAUUCUACACCGGUCGAUGCUGUUUUACGGAUUCUCUUCAGUGACCUGGUCACCUGAACUCACCGUAUUGGUUUCGUUUCGAAAGUAACUAUGUGGAACAUGAAUUCCUUCAAAUGAUUUACACUCGUUUAGCAUCUUAUAGCUUUUUCUUUGUCGACAACUCUUGUUUGAUUUUGGAAAACAGUAGUACGCACAUUCCGUCUUCGCAAAUCACCUGCCGCCUCACAGCCAUCGUCAAAGCUAGCACGAUUAUCUGUCCCGCCGGUGCCGGGUUCGGUGAUAUUUUUUUUUAGGGCUCGGUGUUGCAUCAUCAUCAGACUGGUUUGUUUCAUAGCGUAUUGUUUGAGAUUUUUGGAAAGCCCUCCAAUGUAGACAUUUUUGUCGAAAUAUAUAGCAUAACAAUA